AUGGGAGGAAGGAUUCAUGGCUUCUUAGGUGGAGUUUUAUUAACUUCUGCUUUGACUUAUUAUACUGGAGAAUAUUUCCGUAAAAAUCUGAAAUUCGUCUCAACUCACUUGAAAGCUUCAGACAACAUAAUAAAUAAUAGAAUUCUUACAGACAGAGAUAUUACAAGAGAAGUGAUUCCAAUCAGUAACCAGCAUAACUCUAUCACUCGUUCGAAUACCGUGGAAACUUGUAAAGAUAUUUGGAACGAUGAAAUAAUCCAAAUGGUUAAUUGGAUAUACGGAAUUAAUUGGUACCAAUGGGGGAUUGAGGCUGACAAAACCUUCAAUGAAUUAACGGAUAAAGUCGCUGCUUCUGUAGUAGAGAAAAAAUGA